AUGAAAAAAAAUCUUAUUGAAUAUGGAUGUAAUGAAGUAGGCAAAAUAUUCAAAGGUGUAAAUGGAAUGAGAAUUCUUAGAAAGAAAUUAGAAACUAUAGGAUUUAUACAUUCAGUUUUAUUAUUACGCUUAGAUUCACCUGCAGGAUAUGUUUGUAAAAUAUCUCGUAGUAAAAAUUUAGAAAUCUUAGCAGGAAUAAAUGAGUUUGUGAUAAAAAUACUUCCUAUUAUAGUAAUGACACUAGUAAACAAUAUGAUAAAAAUUGUAGAAGAUAUCCAAUAUGGCGAUGAUGAUGAUUUUAUACAAAAUUUACAGAAUUCUUGUGAAGAAACAAUUUCUCAAGAUUAUCAUAGAAAAUUUGAUGAAUUAAAAAUACCAGGUUGUUUUCAAUGCUAA